GUAAAAUCGAGACGGCUGUCUCGUUUGGACCCAAAGUCGAGACUGCCGUCUCGAGAACCCAAACGGCCGUCUCGGCCUGCGAAAAACCGAGACCGCCGUCUCGAAUUCCCAGACGGCGAUCUCGAUCUGGAUUUUCCCCUUAUAUAUAGGGGUGCGAUGGGGAGGGGUUCCUCACAACUCUCUGCACUCCAGAACCCUCCAACUCUCAGAUCUACAACUUCCAAGCUCUUCCGGGUCAAUAUGUUCCGUGGAAACCCCUCCAAGAAGAGAAGACACACUGCUGGUGCCAGCAGUUCUUCGGCACCAGCCCCUCAAGACCCUACUCAGCUGUCGCCGCAGCACCGGGCCCGCCUUGAGCACAUCCGGGAUUAUUCUUGGCACCCCAUGUUCAGACUGGACUUCGGCAUCCUCACCGAGUUCAGGUGGGAAGACGAUGUCCGGGCCCACAUAGACAGCAUUGGGUGGGGAUUCUUGCUGCAGCCUCCACCUACCCAUGUGUACCCUCAAGCGGUACUGGAGUUCUUGGCCUCCAUCUCCUACGCCGAGGCUCCCUCCAUGGUCCCGGGCCUGCCACCCACCAAGAUGGUGAAUUACUUUAUGGGUGGGGAAUACCGGACUACCACCCUUGACGAAUUCAAUGUGAGCAUUGGAUUCGUCCGACCCGAGGACGUGCUCACUCGGGGAUACCGAGAGGCCAUCUGCAGCCGCCCCGCCAGCCUCACAGCCGCCGAGAUGUGGUAG